GACCUCAUUUCUCUCACGCUUCUUCAAAUAAAAAUAGGUAGGCAUAUCCCUUUUUCUCCAGCUCUUCCAUUCAAAUGUUCAUUAACCGUUCAUAACCCUCAUCUACCUACCUUCCAAAUGAACACUUUUGAUAUCUUUAAUAAUCUUAUUUUUCCUCAAGGUUCUUUUAUUAAUAAUGUAGAACACAACUUUUUAAAAUUCAAACGGGUGGGUAUAUGCCACACUACCAGCCAAAUUUGUUUUUAUGAAUAUUCUUAUUCUUCUUUUUUUGAUCCAUUUUCCGUGAUCCAGGUCCUUCCAUAA